AUGUUUUUUGGUGGUAGUACAUUUUCUUAUGGACGGAUUAGUCCGACAUCUCCUACGAGAACAAACGGUUGGACUAAUGUCGUCAGUCCGUUUAAGAACACGCAGAUGCCCACGUUGCCGGACAUUUCGCUGAACCAGACAUGUCUUAACAGUUCAACUUCAAAGUCGCCAGGCAAAGUCCAUCCAGCCGGCGGCAGAACAAUGAAAGAUUAUGAAGAUCAACUAAGCGCAUUACAAAAAGAAAAUUUUCAGUUGAAAAUGAGGGUUUUUUUCCUUGAAGAAAAAAUGGGGUAUGUUGGACUAGGAACUACAGAAGAAGAUAAUAUAAAAAAGAAUAUUGAAUUAGAGGUAGAAAACAGAGAAUUGAAGAAAGAAAUUGAGGAGAAGCAAGAGCUUUUGAGCCAGGCAGCCAGAGCUUUUGAAUUGCAUGAGGAGCAGAAAGAAGAAGCUAGCCGCAACCAAGAAUUGUAUGAACAGUCGUUGGAGAACGAGAGGCGACGAAUAGAAGAGCUUCAAAGAGAACUAGAGGAGUACAAAGAAAAAAUGGUUGAUGUAGAUCCGUCAAUUUAUUUCAAUGAGACCCUAGGAAUCACGCCUGAGUUGGCUAUUGAGAACAAAGAAAAGUUAUUACAAAUGGAGGGAAUUGUUGAGUCUCUUGAAGCUGAGGUGAAGCAGUUAACAGCGAGUUUAGAUGAAGAAAGAACGUGGGGUCAAGAAUUAGAAACAGAAAGGGAUGAACUGAGGAUCCGGUUGGAAGAAGAAGUGAAAUCCCGUGAAAAGCUCGCAGCAGACAAAGACCAAGACAUUGAAAGUCUGCGGGAGAAGAUAAAGGAACUCGAGGACGAGGCUUUCAGACGCGAGAAUGUUGCCCAGCAGUAUAAAACAGAAUUGGCGGAAAAAGAGCGCGUGAUAAAAGAAAAAAUUUUGAUGUUUGAAGAAAAAUGUCGCGCUUACGAGGAACUUAGUGUUGUUGCUGAGAAACGCAAGAAACAAGUUGAUCAGCUUAGGGCUUCGGUUAAGUCUCGUGAUGAUGCUCUCGUUGAUUCUAAUAACAAAUAUCGCACUUUGCUAAACCAGUUUGAAAACAACCGUAGAUUAUCACCACCAAGUAGCCCAUCAAUAAUCGACGAAAUAAAUUCACCAAGAUCUAGUAAUCGCUCUACACAAAUUUUAUCGCCCACCAGAUCUUGUAUCAGUCCAUAUGACUGGGAUAGCGCAAAGGAAAGAAUGUUAAAAUUAUCACAGUCACAAUCUCAGUCAAGUAUUUUUGAUAGAGAUAUUAAAGACUUGAAAAAGCAAUUGGAAGAACGUGACUUUGAAAUCCGUCGCCAAGAAGAAUCAAAGAAACAAUUAGUCCUAAAGCUGUGCAAUGUCCAAAAAUCGAACGAAAAAACUGAAAAGGAGUAUCAAGACCUGAAGAAGAACUACGACAAGGCUCUGGGUAUGAUCCGGGAGUUCGUAAACCGGCAAAGUCGACUCGAGGAGAAACACAAGAUCAAGGAAAACGAGGUAAAGGAGCUACAGCAAGAAUUGAAAAAGAGCUCUGAAUCCUCAAGGAAGAAAUCUGUCCAAGUUACGGCCAGAAGAAACCUCGAGUUUGAUCAAGAGGACUCAGAUCCUUCCAGUCAGCAACGCUUCGAAGAAAUGGAAACCAAGAUAAACGAUCUUAGAUAUGAAAUAUCGAGUAUCAAAGCUGAAAAAUCUAAACUUGAACAGCAAAUACACCAUGGAUCUGAGGGAUUAUAUGCACUUAGUACUUUAAAUGCUAAAAUUAAAAAAAAUCAUAACCUUAAAUUUUUUAUUAAAGAGCUGAGACGAGACCUUGCAAUAAAACAGCAAGAAAUAGAAACUCUAAUAGCAGAACGCGACGAGUUGUCAUCCCUUUUGCAAGCUCAUCAAGAAAAAAUUUCUACUCUCCAAGCAGAAUCAUCAACCCUGACCCACCUCGAAGAGAUCCACCGCAAGAACCAAGAAAUAGAUUCCCUGAACCUCGAGCUCUCCAACAAGAGCUCAGAGAUCGAGGAGCAGAACCAGAAAAUCGAGUCCUUGGCCCGGGAGUUGCAUGUGAAGACCCAGAACCUCCAGCAACUGGUCAACACCGAGCUCUGGAGCAAGAACAAGGAGAUCGCUAAGCUGAACAACAUGACAGUGAACUGCAAGAAGCAACUGUCUCCAGUGACCCCGCAAGUUCCUCCCUCCCAACUAGAAGUCCUUCUAAAGUCGCUCAGCGACCUGGGGAUCUCCAUCAAGUUCAACCACCAGGACAACACCGUCCAGCUAAGUUUUUCCAAUAGCGACGAUGCUGACAACAACAACCCUCAGGUAAUAACAAACAUCAAAGAUUUGAAAGAAAAUAUCUCGAAAUUACUGAAGAAGAAAUUCGAGUUGGAGAAAGAAGUCGAUUCUCUUUCCUGGUUGAAACUUUUGUCCAAGCCGGAGCACGAGAGCCUGCAAAUAGAGUCCAGGAAUGCGAGGGAGUACUGCGAGCUUUUGCGGACGCACUUGAAGGGCCUGGUGAACUUUAUGAAGGGAAUCCUCAAGUCCACAGCCACCAGCGAGGACGCAGAGCACAAGAAAAUAAUCAUAGACUUCUUGGCAAGCUCCAAGAUUCUUUCCGAAGACCUGGUCCAGGCUCUAGAGGACGUUCCGUUGACUUUGAACGAUUUGUGCAUCUGUCAGGAAGGUCAGGAGCUGAUAAAAAGCCAGACCGAGAUGAUUGUCCAGGAGAUCCAGAGUAAACACCGGGGAAUUCUUGAGUCCGCGCAGAGCGACUCGGAAACUUUUUCAGAGCCGGACAGGAAAGUUUCUCUGGCCAGGAUCGGGCUGGCGGACGUCUACCCGAAGACGAGGGCCAGGAUGGGCCUGGGGAAGUUUAGCAAGAGCUUCAGCGACUCGGAAGAUUCUCUGGACUACGUCCCUUGCCACAAGACCUACCAGGCAGAAAUUGGUGAGAAUCCCGUCAAGCUUCUGCAGGAUAUUAACAAUGUCCUGGCUGCUGAGUUGGAGCAGCUUAGACUGGAGCUGGGUGAGGAGAAGCUCGCCUCAAUAUUGAGCAGGUUCGAGGGCUCCAGGAGUUACUGUGAAAAAUUGUUCGGGUUGUUUGAAGAGAAGGACAGGAAAAAGGACAAGAGGAAGCUCCAGAGGGAGAAACUUGCUGACUUGGACAGCAUGGCUGCGGAAAUUGCUAAGCAGAAGAACGAGUUGAUUCAAUAUAAAGAGAUCAAUGAGAAGAAGAUUGGGGAGAUGAUCUUCACGCUGAAUGUCGAGAAUGACGCGCUGAGGGUCAAGCUCAAGAAGCUGGAAGAAGAUAAUGAAGUCGCGAGGAAUAAUGUUGGGGUGCUCACUCAGGAUCUGGAUAGGUUGACUCUGGCUCACAGUCAGGUGUUGGUGGAGAAUACUAAGCUGACUAAUGAUAAGCUUAGGCUGGAGCAGGAGAUGAGGAAGAUGGAGGCUAGGUAUGAUUCGAGUGUCAGGAAUCUGCAGGAGAAGUUUGAGAAGGAAAUUGCUGAGCUCAGUUGCAUGAAUGAGAAUCAUCGGCAGAGGAUGCAGGAUUUAGAGGGGGCUAAUAAGGAGCUGAGGAGGAGGCUUGUUGUUGAGAGCAGUGACUCUGCUCCCAGUUCUAGUGGCGUUUCUUCGGUACCCGAAGUCAAGUCUGAUGAUAUUCUUCAGGAAUUUCAUUCUUAUAGUAGCCACUACUGGCUGCCAAUUAGUUACCCGUCGUCAUCCGGAAGGAGUAAAUCAAGUUGUUCUCCGGAUUUAGGUAUCGAGAGUGAUGCUGCCCUGUCGAUAAGACCAUUAAAAGAUACAUUAAAAAUUACAGAGUCGAUGACUAAUUUGUUAAGCGACGAGGAAAUUAAUUGUAACAAUCGCACGCUCAGAGAUCUAGAUCGUGAAAGUCCGCUACAUACUGAAGGUGGACUUAAUUAUACAAGAACUCGUCUAGACGAGGUCGAAGCGCUGAAGCAAGAAAAUGAAGCGCUGAAAAAACGGCUUAUGAAAACGAGACGCGCGUUAGAAGACACAUUCGAGCAUUUGUCGGCGUCCAAUAAGAAUAAAAAAAACGUGGAAAAAGCAAUAACUAAACAGCUUAUGAUUACUAAAAGUAUUUUAAAGAAAACGCGAACUUACGAGGAGCCUUUUGAAAAAUAA